CUCGCACGCGCGCGCAGUGUAAAUUCCUGUCUGUUCCUGUCAACGAAAAUAACAACAGUCGAAACAAGAUCAGAUUCUUAGCGGUGUCCGAUUGUCAGCAUCAAACAACGUAUCUGGUACUGCUUGCAUCACGCCUUGCACGAUGUCAAGACGAUCGAGUCGCCCGUCGUCGGCAACCUCUCACGGCAGCAGGUCCUCCAACAUAGACCGGGACUUCAAGCUGAACUGCAAGGCAGCAUAUCUGUCCGUGUUUGACGACAUCAGAGAUGAAAUAACCUCAAAGAAUGAUCUCAUAUUAGUUCUUCAACAAUCAGGCCGCAAUCCUUCUCAGCGUACUUUGGAAAAGUAUUGGAAAUAUGAUACAGAUUCGUUAACGUUUAAUGACUUUGUUGACAUUUGUCAGCAGGAACAUGCUACCACUGCAGAAGAUCUUAUGAAAGCUUUCAAGAAGAUUGACGUAAAUGGCGAUGGGUACAUUUCUUUGGAUGAACUGCAUGACACUCUUACUAGUAAAGGAGAGAAAAUGAGUGAGGAUGAGGUCAGGGCCAUAAUCGAUGAAGUUGAUGAAAAUAAAGAUGGCCGUCUGGAUUAUGCAGAGGAACAAUUUUUCUAUAUUCAGUUCUGCAACAUGAUGAUGAAGACAGUGGAGGAAUCUAGGAAGAUGGCCAUGAAAAUCAUGGAGAAAAAGGAGAGAAAAAAACAACGCAGCAAACAAUCGGUCACCCCUAGAAAAGACAAGGAAGAAGAAGAUAUUCAAUCUUCAAGAACAUCUUUACAGUCAGGCUCUGGGCAUUUGAAAAAACGUCGUGGCUCAAAGUCGUCUAUGAUCAGCAUUGAUGAUUUGCCGAAGCCGUCUCCCAGAGUUAACCGAGACCGGAGCCAGCUGGCAGUGAAAUCUCACCUCCAGGAACCAAACAGUCUGAGUGACUGGACACAUAACUUCAGCCGAGGCUGCUUCUACCUGGAGGAUGGGAAAAUAAUCAACAACCAGUACUCGCUCAGUCUGCCAGAGGACUGCAGUGUGUGGUUCACCAUCAAACCCAUCAGAAUUGGAGAAGGGGGUGUAACUGAAAAUGGAUUUCCAGUGGACACAGCUUUGUUUAUUCUGAGGGACAGAGGUCAUUCACACGGACAGAGAGUGGUCACGUUCACAGAACAGAGAGACUCUCAAGGGAAAUACGGAGUUCGCUGUGACCUGAAAGCGGGGAAGUACAAGCUCAUUCCAUUCUCGACAGGAUGUCGACUGACACCGAGCAGGCAUCACCCGAAACACGAGUCUAAACUGGUUCAGAAGGACAAGCACAAUAACUUUGUCCUCACCAAGGUUUUCAGAAAGGCCCUCGAUGAAAUAUUUGAUAUGGUCGACCUGGACGAAAACGGCCUGUUGAGUCGGGAGGAGUUCAAUCUGUACACAUGGAGGACCAGUGGGGACGAAGUGGCUGAUGAAGAAUGGGAUGUAGUUGAAACCAACUGUGAUCUACAGGAUGGACAGAUCACGAGGGAGGGCUUUCUUCACCUCACGGAAAUGGAAGCCAAAGAGUCCGAUGGGGACGAGAAAGAUUUGUGGAUUACCCUGGAGAACAUGGGCUACGACAAGUCCCUUGUUUUGUCUGAGGCGUGUCCAUUCCGAUUGGACGUGUACACUGAGGACUGUGAGAAUGUGGAACUGAAGGUGUCGACGAAUGAACCAACCGACGAGUAUGUCGAAGAAGCUGUGUGUGAAUCGGUCGUAUCAAAGGGUGAAAGCUCAAAGAUCAAGGGAAUGCGAGACCUUACGUUAUACAACUACAUUGGCGAAACCAGGGCAACCAUUGUUGUGAAAAACGGGUCUUCGUCACAGGUUUCCGUGGAACUGGACUGUAGUGGCAGCCGGAAUUGCAUCAGUAACCCCAACACAUUACAGCACACAGUGUCUGUACCAGCUCAAACUACAGUGAUUGGAUAUCAUCUUCUACCACAUAACGAGAAAUCAGGAUGGACAGUUCAGUGUUCAGAGAAGAUUGUGAAAUGAGAAAUUAUGUUUACGCAAACUAUCACUAUUUAAUGUACAGUAACUACAGUUAGGAAAUGCAUCUGAUCUCAUGUUGUCCAGUAAGCAUUAUUUACUAAUAUUCCGUAUCUAGUGAAGGUUUUUGCUGGAAUUUACUUUUUCGGAUUAUUCAUGGCAGAGACCCUUUUAUGUCCCACUUCGCUUAAUUGCAAGAAUAUUAACCUAGGCUUCCAGAUUUCACAAAAAAAAUAUUCCUGGUAGCCUAUCAGCAAAACAACGGAACCGAAAGUCUGUUACUCUGUUAUCAUGUUGUAUAACCCACAAAUGCCAUCAUUACUGAAAAACUGUUUCCAAUGGGUUCUGAUGGGGGAAAAAAGGACAUGGAAUUAUAAAAGUGUUUCCAAUGGGUUCUGAUGGGGAAAAAAAGGACAUGGAAUUAUAAAAGUGUUUCCAAUGGGUUCUGAUGGGGGAACAAGGACAUGGAAUUAUAAGUGUUUCCAAUGGGUUCUGAUGGGGAAAAAAAGGACAUGGAAUUAUUAAAGUGUUUCCAAUGGGUUCUGAUGGGGAAAAAAAGGACAUGGAAUUAUAAAAGUGUUUCCAAUGGGUUCUGAUGUGUUAAAAAAGGACAUGGAAUUAUAAAAGUGUUUCCCAUAAAAAAAAAAUAUUCUGAAACCGGUAAGCUAAAAAGGAACUGCAUAAUUUGAUAGCUGUACAUUUUUUAUUACUCUACUUCAGUUAAAAAUUGGCAGUAUACCAAUCGCCCAAAGUGACCUUUAUUGACUAAAGGUGACUAUGAAUUUUAUAAAGUAAGUCUUAUCAGGCAACCAGCAAUUUUAGAAAAAUUCAUACUCCACAAAAAAAAAUAAAAAAAAUUAUUGAUAAAGUAUUUGAAUAUUAAACAUUUAGAAGGCAAAAAAAAAUACUUCUGGAUUUAUUUUUUAAUUUGCCUUUUUUAGCUGAUACAACUUAAAUAUUUUAUUAUGUAGAGGCCAAAAAAAACACACAGUUUAUUAGAAUGUAUUUGUAAAAAAAUUCUCUUUUAUUUGAUAUUUUUAUUACUGUGGCAGCUGUGUUACAUUGAUUUGAGAAUUAAAAUAAUUAAUAUUUUAUAUACAUAGCAGAGGUUGAAAUACUGCCAUCCCAGUUGGUUUUUGCCAGUCAACAUCAUCAUAGGCCAGGAAAUGUUUUUUGCCUUUCAGACCGGCAAAUAUUUUACGUUUUUAUUCACACAUUAUGUUGAGUCAAUAUUGCUUGGUCCAGCAGGUUCUGAUUCAGGCAGGCAGAAUUUGUAACUUGCCGGAACAAAUAUCCGACAUGAAUUUCAGCCCAUUUCCACCCCUUAGAUAUAAUAUAUGCUCAAAAGUAGGUUUAUGUUUUUGAUGGAUGGUAUUCAUUCCAAAACCAGUGUGUUGGUGUCCCAGUACCAGUGUGGUGUACUGUCAUUUUAUUUGCUAAUUUUACUGUAUGUAUGUAUGUAUAUUUAUGCACAUUACGUAAAUACACACACCGGUUACAUGUAUUGUAUGUGUAUGGGUAUUAUGUGUUCAUUUAGUGAGUAACAUGUUUAUGCUCUUGUAGUGAUACAACAUUUUGAGGAGUCUUACACAUAUCCAGUGUUCUUCAUUGCAACAUUCAUUCCAUAUAAACCAAAAUAUUCCAUGUUCCAAAGGUAAUUUUUAAUCUCUCUCCAGUUUUUAAAAUUUUUAAUGAAUGUACAUGUACAUCGUUUAUAGCUGUAUAUUAUAAUUAACAGACAUGAUGGUUUUCCCGUACUGAUUUUUAUUUUCUGCUUGUUAUAAUUUUUAAAGAGUGGUCUUUCGUGACAUUUUGCCUUAAUUUAUGGUGCCAGAGAAAACAUUUGUCAAGAAUAUUACAAUCUGAAUUUCUUGACUGUCCCAUAUUGUGAUUGGCCUACAGUUUCCAAUAAACCAAUGAUUCACUGCCUAACAAGUUGGCAAACAGUUUUCCUUUUGAAAAAAUAGCAUCGCAUGUUGUUAUAGCACAUACACACACCAAACCGGAAAGCCAUCUCUUAGUCCACAUUAACAUUACUAUGUUCGAGUAAAAUCUUCUCUCUUUUUUUUGGUAGGGUGCACAAUUAUGUCUGAAUUAAGCAUUUGUUGGAAAAUUAUAAAAGAUAUUGUAUUAAAUUAAUGUAUAUUGGUUAAUCGUGGUAAUUCUUGUGUAGGUAAUAAAGCACAAAUUUUAAUUGGUGUAACGUACAUUGUAUGUUUCUUUUUCCGUCCAUGUUGCUAUCAUUUCUUGUCAUUUAGGUUUAGGUUGAACCACACUGUCAGGUCAUUAUUUAUUGGUUGUUUUCCGUCCAUGUGUUUUUAGGUUUUCACUUUGUAUCUGAAAUCAGUAGACCGGUUUCUAAUGUUUUAUUUAAUAAUGAUAUAUAAUAUAUAUUUAUACAUAAUACAUUUCAUUACAUGUAUCUAUAUAGUUUACAUUAACAAUGUUGUAAGUUUCACAUGUGCUGUAAAUGUGUCAUCACAAAUGUGUCAUCACAUUUUAUUUCAUAGAAUGUGCUCUAAAAGUGAUAUGUGACAUGUCAGUAGGACAUAUUCUUCUUAUGACGUGGUAAAAUUAACAAACUCAGAGUAUCAGAUGUCUGAACGCUUUUACAAUGAUUGGGAAAACCCCCAACUAUUUUUUUUAUCUACACACAUCAGCAUUCUCAUAACAAGUAAUCGUUUGUGCAUACUCUAUAUUUUUGAAACUAAUAAAAAUUACAUUACAAAUUUUACAUCAUUUACAAGCAUUGAUUUCAGAAUGCCACUGUUUUGUGACAGGUGCUUGAAAGUGUUUAUUAGAAGUAAUUUGCAAAAGACAUUGUUCUUAAUUCAUCAGUAAAAAUUCAUAUGCAUAAUAGUUUUUAUUUAAACCUUUGCUUUAGCAUUGAAUAGAAAAAUCUUUAAGAAGUAGAAUGAAUACUGAUAGACUACGUACUGAUGGACUACGGACUGUGUAACCAAAUUAUGUUACAAUACAUUUUAGAAACAUCUGGUUGCAUUUCUUCUUGUUUUUGGCUCUUUUUUUCUCUUUUUUUUUUUGUGGGGUGGGGGUACAUGUAGGUGGGCGAGUGGGAAGGCACAGGUACUAUAAAGAUUUAUUGUUGAUUAUAUAAAGUACAUUUUGGGUCUAGUUAUUAUGUCAAGAUGAUCUAAACAAUAUAAAAAAAAAUAUGGAUAUCCUUGGCAGCUUUUUAGCCAAAACAGUUUUAAGUUGUGAGUGUCACAUUGUUUAGAGAAUUAAUUAUUGGUAGGCAUUUUAUUUUUCAAAAUAUAUUGAUUAAAGAAAAAUAUACACCUAGAAAUUAAUUAAGCACUGACUGAAUUGUAAUGCAGCCAAUAAGGCACGGCAAGUAUUGCACCCUCUAACCAGUGGACUGUUAGCACUCCCCAAGUCCCUUCCACCAGUCCAGAAUUUUGCACCCAGGGCACCUGCCCUGGUGGCCACGCCCACACUACAUGUAUGCCACUGAGGCACCUGCCCUGGUGGCCACGCCCACACUACAUGUAUGCCACUGAGGCACCUGCCCUGGUGGCCACGCCCACACUACAUGUAUGCCACUGAGGCACCUGCCCUGGUGGCCACGCCCACACUACAUGUAUGCCACUGAGGCACCUGCCCUGGUGGCCACGCCCACACUACAUGUAUGCCACUGAGGCACCCGCCCUGGUGGCCACGCCCACACUACAUGUAUGCCACUGAGGCACCCGCCCUGGUGGCCACGCCCACACUACAUGUAUGCCACUGAGGCACCCGCCCUGGUGGCCACGCCCACACUACAUGUAUGUCACUGAGGCACCUAUAAGUAGUUUUCCUGGCUAGUGGGGUUUAAACCCAAUAUUAAGAAUGUUUACAUAUUUUGUAUACUAGAUGUUCACUGAGAUGGCAUGAAUAAGUGGUGCUUAAUUAAUUUACAGGUGUAUAUUUCUAGGUUGCUUUUUAAUAGUGAGUAUGGAACCAAUCAAAAUAAUAAAAUAUAACAAUAGUACUCGACUCAUUGUGGUUCACAAAGUAAUGGUCACUACAGAUCUACAAUAGACUUGUCUGAUGCUGUUAUUUUUAUUAUUUCAAACAACGUCCAAUCUCAUUUGGUAUUCAGUAUUCAGCAUUAACAUAUGUAUUUUGAAUUUUAUUUCACAUUCCACAAAGGCCAGCAUAAUUAGAUUCAUAAUAUGCAUAUUGAAUAAACUCCAUUUAAAACCA